AUGGGUGUUCGACGAGUCCGAAUACUUCUUGCUGCGAUUACCAUCUGGGGACUUGUGUCUUGGUACUAUAGCUGGCACCCACCCGCCGGUUCGGGUGUUUUUAGUCAUACACGCCGUCCGGGAAAUCGUCCUACGUCGGCUUCGGUUGGUUCCAAAGGCCUAAAGUGGGAAAAGCGUCCACCUCAACACCCCGUGGAAAAACUCGCUACGCUCCCGACCAACAAGCCUUCCAAACGAAUACCGCGUGUGCAAGUUGCGAGACCGAAGGAGACUGCUUCUGAUAAGGAAUUGCGGCUACGAAGACUUGCUGCUAUCAAGGAUAGCUUUAAACACAGUUGGAAUGGGUACAAGAAAUUUGCAUGGGGUCAUGAUGAGAUCAAACCCCUCUCGGGGUUGUAUAAGGAUCCCUUUGCCGGGUGGGCAGCAACCCUGGUUGAUUCCUUAGACAGUCUAUGGCUCCUUGAUAUGAAAGAUGAUUUCGAGUCUGCGGUAAAGGCUUGCGAGACAAUCGAUUUCACAACUACGGAGACUCGUGAUAUCAACAUUUUCGAGACGACAAUUCGAUAUCUUGGGGGUUUCUUAGCGGCAUACGAACUAAGUGAGAAGCAAUAUCCGGGCCUUCUUAAAAAGGCGACUGAGGUUGCUGAUUUGGUGAUGUCAUGUUUUGACACACCGAACCACAUGCCCAUAACGCGGUUCCCCUGGAAGGAAUAUGCUAGGGGUAAGCCACAGGUCGCUCCGGGACAUGCUCUGUUAGCCGAAGUCGGGUCACUAAGUCUUGAACUUACGAAGCUAUCCCAAUUAACUGGUGAUAUGCAAUAUUACGAUGUCGUACAAAGAAUAGCCGACGGCCUAGAAAAAGACCAAAAGACUACUGCGCUACCGGGGAUAUGGCCGAUCAUAGUGGACCCCUCAAAGACGCCUCUUAAAUCUUCUGGAGACUCAUUCACUCUCGGUGGAAUGGCCGAUAGUACAUUUGAAUAUCUAGGAAAGCAGUACUUAUUGCUCGGAGGCGCUCUUGAUCAGCCUCGCAGGAUGUAUGAAGACUUUAUUGAUGUUGCGAAGAAACAUCUUCUCCGUCGUGCUUUAAAUCCGGACAAUCUCAAGCUACUCUUCUUCGGCGACACUAGGGUUGUCUCGAUGCCCGAGGGCGGCGAGCAGAUUGUGAAUACCCCGAUAGCGCAACAUUUAACAUGCUUCGCAGGAGGUAUGGUGGGUAUGGCAGCUAAAAUCUUCGAUCGCCCGUCAGACCUAGCUAUAGCAGAGCAGUUGACGGAGGGCUGUGUGUGGUCGUACAACCAAACCGACUCAGGCAUUGGACCCGAGCUAUUCCGCUUCAUCCCUUGUGACCCGGAUGUUACUAAGGACGACUGUCAGUGGAGCGAGACGCGAUGGACGGAGGCAAUUAGAAAAUUUUGGGGUCGCAAUAUGAAGGGCGAUACGCUUUCUGACAAGCAGGUCAAAGACAACAUCAUAGAGGCGCGGCAUCUGCCUCUCGGUAUGGUUAAUGUUGACGACCGUCGGUACUUACUGCGGCCCGAGGCCAUCGAGUCCGUGUUUAUGAUGUGGCGCAUGACAGGAGAUCCCAAAUACAUGGAGCAGGCGUGGGCCAUGUUCGAAGCCGUCGAUAAGUGGACACGAUCGAAGUACGCCGCGGCAGCGUUAGAUGACAUAACGGUGAAGAAGCCGGUGCAGGUGGAUAGCAUGGAGAGCUUCUGGCUUGCUGAGACACUCAAAUAUUUCUACUUGAUCUUUGGUGAUUGGGACUUGGCAAACUUGGACGAGUGGGUAUUGAAUACCGAGGCGCAUCCUCUAAGGCGAGCGGAUGCGUGA